CCCCUCUGCCCAACCAGAAGCUUUUGCCGGACAUACACGAUGCAUGGGGCUCUUCUCUCAUCUCACAAUCAAACUUCGCCUCGGCAAUUGGCUCCGGUGCGCCACAAAGCUUGUAGUUGACUCGUACUGGCUGCCAGGGUUGUCGACCUGCAUGCGCUAUAAAUCCGCCGAUUCGCGGCCGGCCCCCCGUGAUCACGCGUGUGCGAUUCUACUGUUUAUUCUGCCUGCUGGCCCCCAAGGAAUGCUGAAUUCCCCUUGACCGCCUCCCUCCACGACAUGGGCGGUUUCGCUGUUGCUGCUGCUGCAACACUUCCUUAGACAUUCCUGGCCCCAACGUCCCAUACCAUCACCUUAGACACCCCAGCUCCAACAACAUCGCUCCCAAUGCCGGACCCGGAAGUCGACGGCAGUGUGCGGUCUUACCAGUUCGUCUCCGACCCGGAGUAUAAGGAGAACCUGUCGGGGAGAGUCCGCGCUGCGUGCAUUACAUGCCGGCGCAAGAAGAUCAGAUGCAGUGGAGAAGUGCCAUGUCAGACGUGUAAAGAGAGAGGGGUGGUGUGCGAGGGUCUGACGCAGCGCAAACGCCCCCACAAGGGAACGAUCAAGGACAGUCGCAAGGCCCGCGAUGCAUCGGCCCACUCCCGGCAGGAUUCCUCCAAGGCUUGGAGCACGGGCAACGGAAGGAAAAGCUCGGGGGACACGAUGUCCGACGAAGGUACUGGCAACGAAGAUCCAUCACGCCACAGCUCUCGACGACCGUCGGUGAAUCUCGAAAAGCUUCACGCCCUUGCUGGUGACUCCGGCUAUGCCAGUGGGAAGCAGUCGAGCCCUGGCAACUCGAGCCCGGCCCUGGCUGCAACACAUAUGCGCACGUUCUCCCAGAGCGGGCCAACAUCAUUCAAUGAGCCCCACGCUCCCAACCAUGUGCGCAUGAGGACGCUGGAUUGGGCUGGGCCAGCCCGAAGCCGCCUGCAGAGCUACAUAGGCGAGCUUUCGCCAGUCACUCAGCCACUUGCCUCCAUCUCGUUGAACGGCUCGACAGACUGGUCGGAGGCGCGAGACAGAAUGGACUGGUGGAGCAGCGACUCUAACAACGAAGACAACUCCAACAAGCUCCUCUCCGCCGCCCGGAUGCUCGAGGCGCAGGCCCAGUCCCUACGCCAGCUUGCUUCGGAGCAGAACGGAGACGCAGAGGGUGAUACUAGACGACGCACCGUCGUCCUGCCGCUGACCUCCGAGGACCGGAAUGUUGCCCAGGACACCUUCCAAUACUACUCGCAAAGCGCCUUCGACGAUCUCGCCUUGCUCUCCGAUCGUCCCCACGGCGCCGGCACAGGUCUCACGCCUCGCACUGGCCUCACGCCAGGCACCGGCCUUACGCCUUACGCGACGGACAACAACACCUCGUACUUUGACAUUCCCUUCGAAUACGGGAAGCACCUCUCACCCACGCAGGUGCCCGUGUCGAUGCCGAGCGAUCCGACUCGCGACACCCACGCAUCAAAGGCGUCAGACGCGUGGCCGAACUACGCGACGAGCAGGAGCAGCGUGCAGCAGGGGCUCGACACUUCUGCGAGCGGCACCGCCGGCCUGGCGAAGUCGUGGACAUUCCCACCACCCACCGGGUCCGAUGCCCCUCGACGCUCCUUCGACCAGCACGCGCCGUGGCCUAGAUGAUUCGAGCCGAUCACUUCCCAUCCCUACCCUCCUCCCGGCGAGUGCCGGACACGACGUGGUCAGAUUCGGACAUUGCAUAGUCAGCAGCAAGGCAACGUGAAGCGAAGCGCCGGCGCCGGCGCCGUCUCGCGGAACAUUCCAGCCGCCAACAGGGAUUGCAACAUGUCGCGCCCGCAAUUCCGGCGCACUCUCCUCAACGCCUAGCCUCUCAGUCACAUGCAGGCCACAACGACAAAAGAGCAAGGGCAUAUAACCGCGUCGAAGGGCCCAUGAAGGUCUCGGCCCCCCACAAUCCCAUCAGCAGCACAGACACACCUUCCUAAUUCUGAAAAGAUCGAUACUGUACCUACGCUGGAGUUACCAUGUCGGCGGGUCGGCGGAGCCAGGGGCGGGCGGGGGGGGCCAAAGGGGCCGCAAAUG